GAUCGCGUUGCCGGUGUUCCGCGCGCUGCCAGUCGCGCUCUUUUCUUCGCCGACUCGCGACGCACCUCCGUCGCACCGUUCGACGGACUCGCAAAUCGCUCUCCCUUUUCGCCGAUUCUUCCGAUCUGUCCCGCAAAAAUCCCUCGGUCGUCGUUACUUUUCGCAGAUGCGAGGACAGUAACCGAUCAUGUCCGUGAUCGAGUGGUACGCGGAUCGCGAGGUGCUUCUCACGGGAGUGACCAGCACCUUGGGGAGGUCGCUUUUGGAAAAGAUCCUGAGAUCCUGCCCGGAUAUUAAGGUGCACGCCGUGUUGAGAUCGAGGCACCACUAUAACAAGGAUGACAGGAUCAAGAGGAUCUUCGCGUCGCCUGGAUUCGAGAGGCUGCGCCAGAAGUACCCCGACGCGAUUUCGAGGGUCAGGGCUUUGGAGGGAAAUUUGCUCUACGAAGGUCUCGGCCUAAGCAAGGAGGACCGCGCAUCUUUAAAAAAGGUUAGCGUGGCUUUCCACGCCGCAGGACCACACGACGACGUCUUCGAUUUCUGCCAGGAGCUUCCGGAGCUCAAAGUGCUCGCCGCGGCGUCCAGCGUCUUCAGGUACAGAGGCCAACUCACGGAGGCUCUGCAGAACGAACAGGUGCCAGAAAUCCCGUUGGCGUUGGUGCGGUUCCCCAUUCUGAGUCCCGCCCUGGUGGAGCCCAUGCCAGGAUUCGUGGAGGUCCUGAACGGAGUCACUGCCCUCAUGGUGGGCGCGGGAUUGGCCCUGGGUCAUCCAGAAAAUCCUGCCGAACUGCUCCCCGUCGACCUGGCCGCCAAUGCCCUGAUAGUGACCGCCUGGGACCGAGGAACGAGGGAAAAAACCGAUGCGCCGCUCGUGUACAAUGCGCCGAGGCUCGAGUGUACGUGGGGCGAAUUGAUCGAAAAGGGUCACAGGGCCAACCGGAAGUUCGCCUACCCGACCUUCGGGGUGCGCGGAAUCACGUCGAUGGCGAUGCUCCAUUGGAUGGCGGUUCUGCUCCUCGAAUGGCUGCCUUCGGUCCUCUGCGACAUGAUUCUAAAUCUCGGCGGUGGAAAACAGAGAAUCCUGGCGGAGCACGUCAAGGUGCGCACCGCCCUCCGGUCGCUGGAGCCCUUCCUGUCCAAGUCGUUGUCCGUCAGUAGGAACCGACUGGAGCGACUUCGGCAACGACUCGGCCCCGAAGACCGAGAGGCCUUCCCCAUGUUCCCGGAUAUCGACAUCGAGGCUUAUGUCCUGUGCGCCGCCGCGUCCACUCGGAAGUACUGUGUCGACGAGAAAGGUCGAAACCUCGUCAGGAACUUCAAGCGCGUUUUCGCGGUCUUCCUCCUCGUGGCCGUGCUCUUCUACUUCUUUUUCUAGCUCGUCGUCGCGAGCGUCGUCCGCGACCCGGCAACGCGGAACCGACGAGGAGGGUCAGGGUCUCUUGUCGAGAAGUUCACUCGCGUCUUCCGGGUUUCCCUCCCUGCGAUCGCGUUUACUCGUUUACUCACGGCCAAGAGUGUACCUUCUCUCGGAAGGUGCUUCCCGUUUCCCUUCCUCCGUCUAACGAUAAACGGAAGUCGUGUCGUACGCGUACGCCGGUACCGGCGACAGCUUGUACCUUCCGUCGACGGUAACAAGGCGGCGAGAGUACCCGGUUUCGCGAUAAAUGAAGUUACCAUCCCGUAUCUUUUUUACGAGUACACAUUUUUCUACGAUAGUCAUAGCGGAGAAGGCUUAGAUUUAAAAACGGAUGCACUUUGUAAAAUGCGCGCUUCUGGUUUCGCCGGGGACCAGGAAAUUCGGUCGCUAGAGUAGAGUAUUUACUCCUUCGCGGCGGUCCUCAUUUCGGAGCAAUGAAACGCACCAAACGCCUUUUUAAGCCGAGGGUGUAAGCAUGUGUGCAAAGAUUUGAUUUGAACAAAGAAGCGGAAAGGGAGGUGAAUUUGAGUAGACCGAAGUGCGCUCGAAGUCGAAGUACAUCGCUCGAACCAGGCUGGGAGCACGAGUAAGUGUACCGAGGGAGCGUAUCGUCGAGAAAGCUUCGUUCGGGGGGAAAGUUCUUAAAGCGACAUGCCGCUCUCGUGGAUGUACCGAGAGCGGCGUGUACCCUCGCAUACCCUCGUCCCGAGCGUUGGCCUCCGUGAAAAGUUAAGCCUCGAGUGGGAGCUCCCGAAUUGGUCGCGAAUAUUUGAUAAGGCGAGGAUGAGCAUCGACCGUACGCGCUCGGGCUCAAAGAAGAUUAUAAUGGGAGAGGUCGCGUAAGCGAGCGGACAAAGGGGGUAAGGGGCACAAUAAAUGGAGAAUCACACCUUCGAGAAUUGACAUCGACCCCGUCGACAGAGGGCAGAAGAAGGAUGCGACCGGAAGAGGCGUUCAAAGAAGAGGGGAAAAUUCGUCAAGGCGGAGAUAAGCUUCGAUCGGGAGGGCGAAUCGCGAUAACGAAAUACGGGGCGAGCGUAGGACCCGUGGACCUCGGGACGCAUAGGUCUCCAUCUUGAAAUGAAAAUACCUCCGGGCCGAAAGACAGAGGAGUGGAUGAGAAAGAGGAUGCUCGGGAGGGAGCGAGAUCGAGGGGCGGGCCCGGCGAGAAAGAGAGGAGAAGGGACUCGCGGGAAACGCGUUCCUCGUUAAGAAAGUACAACUACUUUGGUUAAAAGGAUUACGUGCUCUAAAAAGUCGCGGGAAAUCGCAGGGGCCGCGACACGCGAACUUCUUUCUUAACGUUCGUCCCUCUCGACGGGAGCCACUUGCAUUUCCGAGUUGCAUUCUCCGGGGAUGUGCGCUCGUUGGGAGGAGUUCGACGCAAUGGUGGCAAUUAAAUGUUUUGAUAAUCUCUCGUUGAGAAAA